UCAAGUAAGAUUGUCCAGGAAACGCGGCGGAUUGAAGCGAGAGCUGCAGUAAAAUGUCUAAGUCCGAGGUUCUGAGAGGUUUUGUUACCGAGAGACUCGCCGCCGCCUCCCAGGAAAUCUUAGCGGCCGUGGACGGACUCGUAGCCGGGUACGAGGAGGAGGCGUCGGGCUUCAGACAGGAGAUCGACCGGCAGAGGAGACUACUGGAGGUUCUCCUGCAGCCUCGGGUCAUACUCAACAAAGCCGGUGUGAAUUGCAGAAGGGGACUCCGCCAUGAUGAAGAGGAUAACGAAGAUGAGUACGACAAGAAUCUGGAUAUGAAUAACAGAACUCCAUCAAGGUCUUUUUCCUCCAGAGGUCAGUUUGAGCAGAGGAAGCACAGCGGACCUCAGAUCAGUGAAACUCAGAACCACGUGGACUUCAGGAUCCGAUUCCAGGAGAACCCACAGACCGAAGUACCUUCAAAAAGCGAUGUUCAGUAUCUGUUCCUGAUUAAAGAAGAGGUUCCCCUUGAGUUGAGCCCUCGUCUGGAUCAGGAGAAACCAAAGAGCCCAAACAUUAAAGAGGAACAGGAGGAACUCCGGACCAGUCAGGAGGGAGAACAGCUUCAAAGGUUGGAGGAGGCUGAUGAUGCCAUGGUCCCACUCACUCUUGUCCAUGUGAAGACUGAAGAUGAUGAGGAGAAACCUCAGUCUUCACAGCCUCAUCCAAGCCGAACUGAAGAGAGCAGAGAGUCAGAGCCUCCGUCCAGCAGCUCAGCUCAGCAGAUGGAAACAGAGGCUGAUGGAGAGGACUGUGGAGGAUCUGAACCAGACAGGAACUUAGAUCCACAUGGUCAUCUUCAACCAGACACAGAUGAAAAAGUAUCAGAGUCUUCCAACACAGAAGACAGUGACAUUGAUUGGAAGGAAACCAAAGCAAGAUUUAAGGGACAGACGAAUCUUACGUGGCACAUGAACGCCCAUACAGGAGAGAAACCAUCUGUUUCUGAUGUUGGUGGGAAAGAAUCCUACCAACAGCAUCAUGUCACAGCGGACGUGAAAGUCCAUACAGGAGAGAAACCAUUUAGUUGCAGUGUUUGUGGGAAGGGAUUUAAGGGGAAGAGGAAUCUUAAUAGGCACAUAAAAAUUCAUACAGGAGAGAAACCAUUUGGUUGCAGUGUUUGUGGAAAGACAUUUACUGUGAAGGCGAAUCUUACCGUGCACAUAAGAGUUCAUACAGGAGAGACACCAUUUGGUUGCAGUGUCUGUGGGAACAAAUUUAAGGUGAAGGGGGCUCUUACGAGGCACAUGAAAGUCCAUACAGGAGAGACACCAUUUGGUUGCAGUGUUUGUGGGAAGAGAUUUAAAGAAAAUGGGGAUCUUACGAGGCACAUGAAAGUCCAUACUGGAGAGAAACCAUUUUGUUGUGAUUUUUGUGGGAAAAGAUUUAGAAGACGGAGGGAGUUAAUGCAGCACUCAAGAAUUCAUACGAAAGAGAAACCGUUCAGUUGCAGCUUCUGUGGCAGGACAUUCAAUCAUGAUUCAAACAGGGUAAAACAUAUGAGGAUAUGUAAACAAAAGCAUGUUAUUGAAAGCAGCAGCAGUAAGUGAAACUGCAGAGUUGCUGGUUCAGUAGAACUGUAACAGUAUAUAACAGCAUAGUUGAAAUACAUUACAUGUUUCAAAUUUACUGUUCUUUGUAUGAAAGUGUAACAUGAAUUAGCUUUAAAACUUAACUUAUUGUUGCAGAUUUGUACUGGGGUUGCGCGACCUUAACCAUAGUCAGAUCGGCCAAUCGUCACCCAGUGCAAUUGCAAAAGACGUGGUUCAGAAUAUUUUUUUAUCACCUGGACAAUGUUUUGUGAGAACUGACUUUUUAAACCAGAUGUUUAGGACAGAGAUAACUUUUCCUUUGUGAAUAAUAAAACUCUUUCAUCAGUUUACGUUGAACUCAUUUAUAUUUGAUUUUUUUUAAUUACCAUCUUUUGAAGGUACUUCGGUCUGUGGGUUCUCCUGGUUGCGGAUCCUGAGGUCCAUGUGGUUCUGAUUUUCACUGAUCUGAGGUCCGCUGUGCUUCCUCCGCUCAAACUGACCUGAAAGAUGAAGAUUAGCAGCAGCUUUAUUACAAAAGUCCCAAGCUGCCAAUACUAAGAAAUAAAUGUAAUAACUCAACUGAGGUUUCAUUUUCCAUUUGUGUGGAAAUAUCUCAUAUGA